CUGAAUAUAUAUAAUUAAAGCAUCAUGUGGGAAUAUUAUUUAUAAUUAUAAAGCAAAAAUAGUAUGUGUAGGUUGCUAGAUAGGAGGCAUCCUGUUUGAUAUGGUACAUCAAGGCAGACAGAUAACAAUUAACAAAAUUCAGUUUCCUUCAAACCAUCAUACCAUCAAACCAUUAUUGGUUUUAAUCUGCUUUUCUUCAAUUCUCAAACUUUUUUAAUUGAUUAUGAUGGUUAUUCUAAUACUUGUCUUCACUUUGCUGGUACAUAAUUUUUUUCUUUAUUUGAACUGAAGAAGUAAUGAGUGCUUUGGACAAAUAAUCGAUAUCGGCGACAUUUGGGAAGCAAAAUGUCCACCAGGUUGUUCAUGUGAAGUACAAAAAUUUGUUGAUUUACCUUUACAUCGAUGGAUAAAAACAAAUCAAGAUCAGAACUUAAGUAAUGAUGUUAAGUUUGAACUUGGAUUAAACAUUGAUCAUUCUAUGAUUCCCGAAUUUUUAAAAGUAGCAAUUUGCGUUAUUGCCGAAGAAUAUGAAGAACUUUUGGAUAAGCUUCCAUCAGAUAUUCAGGUGUUUACAAUUCUUCAAUCUGGCUUGGGUAACUUUGAGAUUCGUUUACAGUCUACAACAUUUCAACGUUUUACAGAUUUAAUAUCUUUAGAUAUACAGGGCAUAGAUUAUAAUGAAUCUCUAAAAAAAAAUUUGACCAUACAACAAAAGAAACUGGGAGGAAUUAUUUUAUCUGUUGAUUCAUUAUAUCCAUUAGGAUUAAAUCUUCUUUACUUAAAUUUAGAACGAGUAAAAUUAACAAGUUUAAGUGCAACAAAAAGAAACAAAGCUAAUCUUGUAAUUAAACCAAUGAAUACUGUUACUAACGACGAGAAUGAAAAUAAACAAUUAUUAAAUAAUAUCAGUCAAAGUAUAGGACAUAGAUUGAUAUUUUUAAGUCAACAAAACAAUGGAGAAAGUGAUGAUAAGGAAAUACUUCCAUAUGAUGUAUACAAACAAGAAAUGGAAGGUUAUAAAGAAACUGUUGGACUUUUUACUGGUUUAGGAGCUUUAACACAUUUAAGAAUUUAUGAUUGUGAUUUAAAAGACAUAUCAUGGCAUAUGUUUGAUGGUUUAAAUAGUCUUAUUCAUCUUUCAUUAGAAAAAAAUAAUUUAAAAUUCAUUCCAGAAUUUUGUUUUUAUGGUACUCCAAAUUUAAAAGUAUUAUCGCUUGCAAACAAUCAAUUGUUAACGCUUAAAAGUGUAGAUUUAGCUGGUUUAUUAAUGCUUGAAAAUCUUGAUUUAAGAAGAAAUAAUCUAACUUUUUUGUCAGAGUUAUCUUUUCCUCCUUUUCCAAUGUUGAAAAUUGCAGAUUUUCGAGAAAAUCCUUUGGAUUCUAUAUUUCCAAGUACUUUUGAAAUCAUGAAUACAACAUUAAAUCUCUACUUGGGAGGCGAAGAUUCGAAAUUAUAUCUACAAAAAAAUUCAUUUUUGGGAUUAUGUCAUCUUCAAAUAUUAUACUUGUAUAAUUUAAAAAUACUAGUUUUGGAACGUUUUAUAUUUCAAGGAAUGCCUGAGCUGUUACAAUUAAAAGUACAAGGAAAUAUUUCAAGUAUCGAAUUUGAUGCAUUUAUAGAUUUAAUCAAGUUAAUAGAUCUUAAUUUAAGUAACUGUCAUAUUCGUAAAAUAUCUAUGGAUGCAUUUUAUGGUUUACAAAAUGUUAAACGCAUAGAUCUAUCGAAUAAUGAAUUAGAAUUCAUUCCACCUGGUUUAUUUGGAAUAGAACAACAGAAACAACUUAGGGAAAUUAUUCUUUCACAAAAUAAAUUAACUUCACUACCUAUAGAUUUUUUUAAAAUGCUUCGGAUUCCAAGUAGACAGCAAUUUGAUUUUGCAAUUGUAAGAUUAGAUGGCAAUCCAUGGGAUUGCACUUGUCUAAUGUUUACGUGGAAUCCUCAUUUGGUAAAUAGAUUAAGAGAAACAGCACCAAGAUGUUCAACCCCUAAGAAGUUGAAAAAUUGGGGAGUUUUUCAUGCAUUACGUAAAGGUGGUUUGCAAUGCAGAACUUCAAAAAAAAAACAUUUAAAAAAGUCUUCAAUUGGAAAAUAUAAUUAUGAAGAUAAUAUUAUUAGUUAGCUAAUAUAUUGUUUUAAUU